AUGGCAACACUGUGAGACGCCAUUGUGUGAAUGGAUUUGAUAAUCGCGUAUUGUUAAUCCUGUCAGUUUAAUUGUUAGAAAUUGGUUUAAUUAUAUUUAGUGUUUGUUUUCAAGAGCGAUCGAUAGCGAUUCAGUUACAACGUGAAUUUAACAAUUAACCUUUGAGUAGAAAGGUUAUUUUUUUUACAAAAUGGGCGAAGAUAACGCAUCUAAAGAAAAUGCAUCACAACCUCAACAACAGAAUAAUGCGAAAGAUAAGAGCAAUAAUGAUAAUGCACACUCGGGUCCAGGAGGUGGUGGUGGUGGAGGACCUGGAAAUCUAGGAUUUGGUGGUGGACGUGGUGGUGGCCGCGGAGGAGGUCCAGGAGGGCAUCCUGGAGGACAUCGCAGAGGUGGUUCGCGAUUCUCUGGUGGUCGCGGUGGUAUGCAAGGGGGUGGAAGGAACGAUGGAAUGAAAAUGAAUGAUGGAAUAGAUGGUGGAAAUUCUGAAGGAAUGGGAGGUGGUAACAACAUGGGGGGUGGUAAUAAUAUGGGGGGUGGAAAUAAUAUGGGUGGAAACAAUAUGGGUGGUCGUGGUGGAAUGCGAGGUAGGGGACGAGGAGGAGGUCAAGGUGGCUCUGGAGGAGAUCGAGGAAACAUGAUGAAUCGCUCACAAGACGAUCGAUUAUUGGAUCGUAUCAUGAGUUUAAGUGGACCAACACACGAAUUACCGCCGCAAGACACAACUGAGAAGAAAUUCUCAGGAAGAAAUCGUCUCUAUUUGGGAAAUUUGACUAAUGAUGUGAAUGAUGAGGAAAUUCAACAAUUAUUUUCGCCGUAUGGUGAAGUUUCUGAAAUCUUCAUCAACAAAGAAAAGAAUUUUGCGUUUUUAAAAAUGGACUAUCGUUUGAAUGCUGAAAAAGCAAAGAGGGAAUUAGAUGCGACGCCUCGGAAAGGACGUGCUCUAAAAGUGCGAUUCGCUCCAAGCUCGGUGACUGUAAAAGUUAAGAAUCUCACUCCUUGGGUUUCCAAUGAACUUCUUGAACGAGCAUUCAGUGUGUUCGGCGAUAUUGAACGCGCUAUUGUAAUAGUCGACGAAAGAGGCAAAUCAUCGGGCGAGGGUCUCGUUGAAUUUGCCCGAAAACCAUGCGCACAACAAGCAAUCAGAAAAUGCACGGAUGGUUGUUAUUUCCUCACUGCAUCUUUGCGGCCAGUAGUGGCGGAAAUAUACGAACCACAAGAUGAUCUUGACGGUUAUCCGGACAAGAAUCUACCAAAAAAGCAUCCGGACUUUUAUUCAGCUCGCGAAGCUGGACCUCGUUUUGCUCAGAUUGGCAGUUUCGAGCAUGAAUAUGGCACCAGAUGGAAACAAUUGCAUGAAUUGUAUAAACAAAAGGAGGAGGCAUUAAAGAGGGAGAUGGUGAUGGAGGAGGAGAAAUUGGAAGCUCAAAUGGAAUUCGCUAGAUACGAGCACGAAACUGAAGUUCUACGUGAACAAUUACGCAUGAGAGAAGCUGACAGAGAUAGACAGAAGAGAGAAUGGGAAAUGAAGGAGAGACAAGCUGAGGAACAAAGGACACGCGAAGAAGAAAUGAGAAGAAGACAGCAAGAUGAAAUGUCCAUGCGAAUUAGAAAGCAGGAAGAAGAAUUACACAGAAGACAACAAGAGAAUAACUUAUUCAUGCAGGAACAAGCAAUGCGAGGUGGGAAAAAUUACGAUUCAGUUGGUAACAAUGAUGAUGCUGCAGGCAACUUACCAGUGGAUAUAUUCAUCAAACACAAGGAGUCUGGGGAAAAUGAAGAUGAUGGUGAUACUGGCUAUGAAGAAGAAGAAGAUGAAGACGAUGGAGAUGAUGGAGCCGGAGGGAAAAGAAGAGAAAAAGAAGUUGAUGAAGACGAAGAUGCUGUGGCAAAGCAACAGGAAGCGACUGUCAAGCUUAAUCUUAUGAUUAAAGAUGUUUUUCUUCUUAAACUUCAAGUAUUUCAUUGAACAAGAAAAAAGGAAAAAAGAGGAAAAUUAAAUCAUGAAGAAAUCACUUGAAUUAUUAAGAUUGCAGCAAUUUUCAAAUUCGUGUCGAAGAUUCUGUAUAGAGGAGAAUCAUGAAAAUUGCUCGAAUUUUUGGAG